AUGAAUCAAAUAUUUAAUAUUAUAUCACUUGUACAUACUUUUAGUUUAAAAUCAAUAUUGUUUUCAUUACCAAUUAUAUUUUUAACAUUAACACCAUUAAUAAUUAUAUCAAUUUCAAAUAUUAGAUAUCAAACAAGAUGUAUUAUAAAAAAGUUUCUAUAUCAAUUUUUAAUUAGCAUCAGUGUAUUAUAUAACCUAUUUCAACUUGUAACAUGCUUAUAUUGGGUAAUCAAUACGCAAUAUUAUCAACUUUUAGGACACUCAAUAAAAUUUUUACAAUUCUAUGAUACAAUCGUUAUAUUAUCUCCAAUAUUAAUAUGUAUCACAUCCAUUUUUUUAGUAGUAAUAAAAGAUAGAGUUUUAAAGAAAAUAAAAGACUUUAAAAUAAAUCAAAAUAAUAUUGUAGACUAUAGUAACCAAAACCAUAUAAAUAACGAAAUAUUAAAUAAAGAUAAUAGAUUAAUAGAAAUCAAAACCUACCAACACAUCAUAAGAAUCAUAUAUAUCUAUAUGUUUAUAUUUCUAUUCUUGUUGGUUAAUAUCGGGAAAUAUACAUGCUAUAGGGUUAAGAACUUUGAAAAAAUUGGUAUUUGUAAUAAAAUCAAUCAUAAUCAAUUAGAAGAGUAUUCAAGUAUGUGGGUAGCUCAAGCUUUAUUAAACUGUAGUUAUAUAAUAUUAACAUUUCCAAUUUUAGAAUUUUUAAAUAAUAAUUUUAUUUAA